GCUGUCGUGGCGCUGCCGGUGAAUGGGGCGGCUGGCGGAGCGGCGGGCGGGCUGAGCUCGGCUCUUGCUUCUCUGGCACGACCGCCCCGCUCCUCACCCUCCUCCUCCCCGCCCUCCCUCGGCAGCUCCGGGCACGGCCAUGCGGCGAGCGGGGCUGGGUGAUGGAGCACCAACUGGUAACUAUGGCUAUACUAACAGUGGGUACAGUGUGUAUGAAGAAGAAAAUGAAAGGUUAACAGAAAGUCUGCGCACUAAAGUCAGUGCAAUAAAAUCACUUUCUAUUGAAAUCGGAACAGAAGUGAAAAACCAAAACAAAUUGUUAUCAGAAAUGGAUAAUGAUUUUGACUCUGCAACUGGACUUCUAGGUGCGACUAUGGGCAGACUGAGGAGACUGUCCAGAGGGAGCCAGACAAAACUAUUAUGCUACAUGAUGCUCUUUGCAUUGUUUGUCUUCUUUGUAACAUACUGGAUUAUUAAACUGAGGUGAUGCACAUUGUCUUAAGCUUAAAUUGUGUAAUUUCAACCAUCAGUCUUAAUUAAUGACAUUGAUCUAAACUGCCAUAUUCUGUUGUUAAAACACAAUGAAAUUAUUGUAAAUUGCAUUAGUACUUAAUGCAGUGUUAUAUACGGUUUUCCUGAUGCAUCGAUAUUUCUCCCAUUGUCCCCUGUUUUGGGGGGAUUAUUUAUAGAUAUGCAGAAACUGCUAGUACUCUAGGUUGCUUUAAAAAAAAUACCCACAAGAGGAAUCAAGAACUCCCCCAGAACCAAAGGUUGUUCAGAUAUGAAAUAGUUGCCGAAUUACGAGGCCUUUGCUUUCAUUUUGCUUUUUAAUCUGAGCCGUGCUCUAAAUUAGAGCUCCAGUUUCAGGCAGGUAAUAACUUCCAGGUUUCAAAAGCAUGACCAAUACUUGGGUCUUUUGAGAUUGGUUUUAUCUGUGGAUUUUUGAAAGGUUGGCUUGAAGGUAACAAACGUAACGGUGAUGCCCCACAGAAGUGAUAUUUGUGAUACCUAGAUUGAUAUGUCUAACAGUCUGCAUGUUUAAGUAGCUUAAAUGUUUUAUUUGGGGGAGAGGUUACUUAAAACUGGAUCUUCCUUUUAAAUGUGACAAAUGAUGCUUGCGUGUCUGUUCUGUUAAGCAAAUGCCUUUGUUUGGAUCAACAAAUUUGGACACAGUGCAAAUGUUUCCUUUACAUUUAAAGUAUCCAAAAUGUAAUGAUUCCAUUGAAUCACUGGAACUUGUUCCAUUAGCUCAUUUAUGUUUUGUUCUGUGAUAAGCCCUAAAUCCACUCUGCAUGAUGUCUGAAUAUGAGGUUGAAUGUUUUCAAUUUUAUAUUGACAAAUGUAUAUAUAUUAUGAAGCACCUUUUGGAGGUGCUAACAUAUUAAGGUUUUUACUUUGAACACUUAGCUUUAACACACAAAGUAGUUGAAACUAUCGCAUCACUGGGUUCAAUGUUAAGAAAAAUAUUGUUUUCUAGAUCUUGAAAUUGUAUCUACGUUUUUAAAACAAUUUUUCUAGAGAUAUUGUAUAGCAUACUGCCAUUAAUAAGAUAAUUACGAGCUGACAAAUAAAGUGUCCUGGAGUAUU